UUUUGUACUCCCCUUUCCCUUUUUAUUAUUCACAAUGAAGCGAAUCUCGUCCAUGAUGAGUCGAAAGAGUAGUAAAUCCACCUUGAACGAAACACCAGACUCUAUUUCAGUUUUACUGCUGGGAGCACGUGGUUGUGGAAAAACUUCUUUUCUUUACAAAGCUUAUUUUAAAUAUGCUACCGACAACCCAGAUACCCAUUUCGAUGUGCUGCCAACACCUAGUCAUAACGUAGAGAUUAUACCCUAUCAAACACAACUAUAUCAAUUAUGGGAUUUUGCAGAAAUUGGCUCAUGCUUAAAUCAUAUCAAGGGUAAUACACGAGUGAUUAUGUAUAUGGUAGAUUCGAUUGAAUACAAAAAGGAACGAGUAGCGAAUAAAGCGAGAGAAAACAUGGUGUGGCUAUUAAAUAACUUCAAACUGGACAAUACAAUCAUUAUCACUGUGGCGAAUAAACAAUACGAGAAAGAAUCGAUGGAUAUACAAGAGAUGGGAAGUUCGUGGGUGCAUGAUAAAGAGUUGAUCCGAUUAUUAAAAGGUCAUGAUUGGCGCUUGUUUGGAUGUAAUGCAUUGACUGGACAAGGCAUAGAUAAAAUCUUGGAAUAUAUCACAGUGAAAUUAGAGGAACCCAUCAUUACACCAUGGGAUAAUCUACCGAACCCUACUCAUUUAAACGAUGUUGAAUUUAAGCAGUGGUUUUAUGAAGAGAAGCCCUUCUUGUUCUUUGAUCAUUACUGCUUGAUUCGAAUUAUUUAUUUAUCCAUUCGAAAGAAGAACAAGAAAUUAUCUCAUUUGUUCGAGAUUCUGUCACAAUCCAUUCCUAACGAAAACUCUAUUUGUUACUCAGAAACACAAACUUUAUUCUGGAUCCAGAUGGUUUCCUUUGCCUUACUGAAGUCGCCUCUCUUAGAAGGUGAAGAUAAUCAUUUCGAAGAUUUUUUUGCUCGAUGCUGUAAAUCAUUGCAGGAAGAUUGCUGGAAAGAAUAUUAUUCCUUUAAAUUAUUCUAUUCUACCAAGGCUACCAAAGAGUUUUUACCCCCUGAUAAAAAGCCCUUGCCUAAUGCAUUCAAGUCUUCUUCAUUGGCCUUGAAGGGAAGACAUCUAGAGAUUGAUUAUCAAGUAUUGUAAAACAUCCUUUAUAAACUUUUAUUGCAACAGUCCUUUCACUUAUAUGGGUAUCCUUUUUAAUUCAUGGAACAAUAACUUGUAUUUGGCAAUAAUCAAGUGGGGGCGGUUGUAGGAUUAAGCGUAGCAUAAUGCGUUAUUUUACUUGAAUAAAUACUCGUAUGAAA